AUGGACCAGCCGAGCGCCGCGCCCCAGAUCUUCAAGGGCUUCGUGUUCUAUAUCGACCUCGACGGCGGGGGCAAUUGGGGCAAGGACCGCGACCUGACAUCCGUGCUGACGGUCUGGAUACGGACGUCGGGAGGCCGCGUGUGCCGUUUGCUGGACCAGGGCUGCACGCAUGUCGUUGCCAGGCAUUCCCAGCAGGACGUCUGCCGGUGGGCCUCGGCGCGCGGCAUCCGGCUGGCUUCUCCCCUCUGGGUGUACCACUGCAUCACGAAGAAGGAGCUGCUGCCCAUCGUGGAGAAGCCAUUUCGUGGGCCUAUGAUUCCAGGGUUCACAAACCAUGUGAAUGAAAUAACGAUUUCUGAGUUUAAGAACCAUGAGAGGGUGAUCGUCCGCUACCUCUGUGAAUGCACUGGUGCCGCUUACUCUGGCCAACUGACUGUGCCCACCCAAACCAGCCAUCUGAUAGCCAACAACGUUGCCUCAAACUCUCAGAAGAUCCAGUCUGCUAAACGGUGCAGCACUGUCAAGAUAGUGCCAAAGACAUGGCUGGAUGAUUGUCUCACACAAUGGCGACAUGUGCCAGAAGGCCCCUACACAGAAGCUACCACCUCUCCAGUUUCGGAAAGCUCAGAAGAGAAUGGGAAUCUGCUCCCCAGUGCUGAGAUGCCCUCUCUGACAGUGCCACCGCGUACAAAAGAGACUGGACAGUUUGUCGAAACAGAAGUCGUGGGGAAAUCAUUCCAGUUAUAUGCUGUUGAUGAGGUUGCAGAGGGGGGAUCAGCUAAUAGUCUCCAAGACUGCGCCUCACAUGGUAAGGGGGAGGGAUCAACAUUGGAACAAAAUGGGGAUGUUGCCAGGCAGGAUGUAUUUCUGGAAGCUUGUGAGCAUGCAACUGGCAAGGAGGGAAACCAGGCAGGCAGCUGCCGUGGCAAAGUGGGACAGGGGGCUUCGGAGGGAUUGUCCUUCACAUACAACGAGAUAUAUGAAGGUCUUGACAUGUCGCAGCAGGUGGGGUUGGCAUCGGCAGUGGUCAGCCGGUUGGCAUGUCAGCUUGCACCUCCAACACCCAAUCCAGAAUUACCAGAAACCGAGGUGUUGCGCCCACCUGGGGAUGAUGCUGAAGUCCCACAUGUGGACUCUGCUGGCCAGUCUGCUGAUCGAAAGCCUGAGGUUGACAAAGUUUGUUGCAAGUGUGAGGCAAUCAAUCGAGUUGAAACAGCCAGUGAUGGCCAUGAUGGAGAACAGAACACAAGACAGGAGCUUAAUGCGAAUCUCGAGCAGAAUGGUGUGCAAGAAGCUAAGCCUUUGAGGAUGACGAGGCAAAGAUUACGCACACCGAGGGAUGCUAGGGCCAAAGUGCAAAGUGAACUGCAAUCAAAGAAGGCCAGGCCCCAAAAUUCAGGGAAAAAAAUGAAUCAGAGCCCUGGGAAGAAACCUGUGAAGAGGCGGCAUGCUGGUGGAAUAGAAGCAGUGGUCAGGACCUCCAAGAGGUCACGAACCUCUGAUCCACUCACAGGAUCUGACAAAGAAGAGCAGGCGGUGGUUGCUCUCAGUGGUGUGCGAACAUCCCAGAGGUUGCGGUACAUUGGAGUCCUGUCUGGGCUGCACGUUCGGUGCGCUUCUGGCUCUUAUGAUUUGAAGCACCAGUGGAACGAUCAAAUCACUCAUGUUGUACUGCCUGAGCUGAAGCGAAAUGAGAAGGCUGUGUGCGGCAUGGCGGCUGGCAAGUGGCUUGUCAGCACAGACUAUGUCGAGGCCUGUGCUAAGCAGCAAAGGCUAUUGGACCCCAGUGCCUAUGAGCUCCAAAAUGGGGAGAAAGAUGUGAUAUCAAAAGGUUAA